CAAGUUUUUUUAAGGUUAACUCAUUAUUAUUUAAAUGUUGAAAAACAUGACAAAUGUUUCAGUGUUUUGUUGUUUAAGAGGUUGCUUAGAUGGCUUUAAAUAUACUGAAAAUGUACCAAAUAUGCAUCAAGAAAAUCCAAUACGAUUGGAUACAAACUUCAUGGGCUAUGAGGUAGUGAUAGUAAAAGGGGGACAACGGGUUUGUGGUGCAGGUGCAGCUUUAGGAAAUGCACCCUUAGUCCAAUCUAAGUCUUAUUUUGAAGCCAAAAUUCAACAAGGUGGCUCUUGGUCCAUAGGUUUGGCGACCAGACAGACCGAUUUAAGUCUGACACAAGGAGGUAUGGAUGAGCAUUCAUGGGCCUUAUGUAGUGAUCAUAUAAUAAGACAUAAUAAAAAAGAAUUAUUUAAAAUCAAUACUGGGAAUGCAACAAAAGAAUUAAAUUUACAAGAAGGUGACCUAAUUGGUGUUUCUUAUGAUCAUAUUCAGCUCAAAUUUUAUGUUAAUGGUAAAGAAUUGGACCAAAGUAUUACUAACGUUAAAGGAACAGUCUAUCCUGCUAUAUAUGUUGAUGAUGGAGCCAUUGUAGAUAUAAUAUUAGAUAACUUCAUUCAUGCACCUCCUUCAGGGUUUGACAAAAUAAUGCUGGAGCAAUCUUUACUUUGAAGAGUAUAUAUUUGCAUGAUUAUAUUGCACCAUAAUUUAUUCAAUAUUUAAUACCCUUGUGACUAACUUAAAGAAUAUUAAUUAUUUAUAAUGAACAGUGCACAGUAUUUCAAAAUAAGAAUUACUGAUUGUAUAGAUAUAUGACCUAAUGAUUGUAUUGCAAUUUAUUGAUGUUUAUAACUUCUCUGUAAUUAUGAAUCGUACACUAAAUUGAAUUGUUGUAAUAUGAAGAUAAGAAAAAUGAAUAUUAUAUUUUUAGACUCCUGUCGUAGUAUUCAGGUUGAAGCAUUUUUAUUGCUCAAAAACCAUCACUUGGUGAUGAACAGAACUGCUCAUUAAUUAUAUAUUUUUUAUUUGCUCUUAAGAACUUUUUUAUUUAUGUUUUCAUUAUAGUGAUAUAUCUUCAUUCCGUCACUUUAAGAGCAAGCUUGAAAUAAGUCCAAAAUAUUUCACUUAAACGCAGCUGUAUUUUUUCAUUCAUAAAGUAGUAUAAACAAAUCACCUCAUCAAACAUCUGCUACAAAAAUUAUUCAGUAUAAGUGUGUAUUAUAGUUUUGUGCCAGAUAAGAUGUAAAGUUCUGACUGAUAUUAUAUUCAACUUAUAAUUUUCAAAUCAAAUUAUGAAAAUGC